CAACAGCUGUCUCCCAUGAAGAAGACAAGAUCGAGAAUACAAUAACUAACUUGUCUCCAUCUCCUUUCCUUGUUUAUUUCCCUCUGGGUAACAACGGGUCAAGUCCGGUGGGGAAGCUGGACCUCGGACUUGAUGCGAGCCCCACCCCCGACAUGACGAUAGAAUAACAGGGUCAACAUCAGGUCCGACUUCUUUUAAACCACUCUUCUCCAUCUCCAAUCCAAACCACUUCCCCAUCCUCAUACUGUAUCCUCUACAACAUGCAGAUUCUCAUCACCGGCGCAGCCGGUUUCAUCGGCCAACUCCUCGCCAAAGAACUCCUCAACGACCCCUCCCACAUCGUGACCUUAACCGACAUCAACGAACCCCCCAUCCCCAAAGGCGCCAAACACCCCCAAAAUGCACGCACCGUGACCGCCGACCUUCUCAAAGAUGCCCAAUCCGUCGUGACGGAAUCCCUCGACGCCGUGUACGCCUUCCACGGCAUCAUGUCCUCCGGCUCCGAAGCCAACUUCGACCUCGGCAUGAGCGUCAACGUCGACGCGACCCGCAAUCUGCUCGAAGUCCUCCGCAAAACCUGCCCCGGCGUGCGCGUGAUCUACUCCUCCAGCCAGGCCGUCUUCGGCCAGCCCCUUCCGAAAGUGGUGGACAGCACCGUGAUCCCCACGCCCCAGUCGUCCUACGGCGCGGAGAAGAUCAUCGGCGAGACCCUCGUCAACGAGUACACGCGCCGCGGCUUCAUCACGGGCUUCACGCUUCGCUUCCCGACGAUCUCCGUUAGACCUGGGCUGCCCACUGCCGCUGCGUCAUCGUUCCUGUCGGGGAUGAUCCGCGAGCCGCUCAAUGGGCAGGAGUGUGUCAUUCCGCUGGAGGAUCGGUCGUUCGAGUCAUGGAUCUGCUCGCCCCGGACUCUGGUCCACAAUCUGAUCGUCACGCUUUCGUUGCCACCUGACUCCAUUCCUCCGCAUAUCCGCCAGAUCAGCGUUCCGGGGAUCUGCGUGACGAUACAGCAGAUGAUGGAUGCGUUGGAGGCGGUCGGAGGGAAGGACAAGCUGGCUUUGCUGAAGGAGAAGGAAGACCCUGUUCUCCGGCCGAUCUUGGAUUCGUGGCCUACUCGUGUGAACAAUGAACUAGCCAUGUCGUUGGGGUUCAAGCGCGAUGAGUCUUUUGAGCAGGCGGUCCGGGACUAUCAGUUGGAGUUGACUCAACAAUGAGGAUUGCGUCUGGAGGUUGGUUGAGUCGUAUACAAGCUGUACAUAUGUCUGUAGUCUCGGGACGGUCUAUUG